UUUAAUCAAGGCCUGACAUCUAUCUCCACCAUGUCCAACAACAAUUGCAGCUCUGAAAACUACAGCUCUCCCUCCCUUGAGAAUUCAGAUUGUGCUCCUGUCACCUCAGCCAGUGCUCUCUGCUCCACUGACGUGAGCUGUGGAGAAGCCCUCUGCUCUCCUGGUGGCAACCUGGGCAGCAACGCGCUCCAGGACAAAUGCCACGAUCCCUGCAGUGAACACACAAGCUGCCAAUCAACCAGCUGUGAAAGGGUUACCUGUAGCCCUUCUGGCUCUUCUCCAGUUGUUUCUAAUGUGUCUGCAUCUCAGCAAGGAACUAGCUGUCUUCCUAUCACAUCUUGUGGUUCCAGUCUCUGUCUUCCAGCAUCCAGUGGACAACUUUCGAACUGCCAUCUUUCAAGUUACCAGUCCUAUCGCUACCAACCCCUGCACUACCCGACCUUCAGCCGACCACUAGGUUACCUUGGCUAUGAUCGUCAGGCAUUGAGAUAUCUGACCUGUGGAUGCCAACCUCUCAGCUGCAUGUCUGACUGUUACAGACCUAUCAACUACACAUACAGCAAAUUUCAACCAUACUCCUCUUCCUUGAGUGGCUGGAGGUACUCUUAUUAAAAAGAAAAUCAUCCCAAGUAGCUGGAAACAACCUCUUGCUUAGUGGCUUUGAGAAAUCACUCAACUUCAUAUCAAUCAAUCUUUUAUUCUACAGGCUUAUGUUACAUCUCCUAAUUUUAUGCUAAAUCUCCUUAAUGUGACUUUCUUUUGAUUUAGGAGUUGUACCACUUUUACAUGACAAAAAAAAAUCUUAAUGAUUUUCAACCUGGAUAGGCUUAAUUUUCUUUAGUUUCUUUCUAAUUAAAUCACAGCUUGGCAUAAACA